AUGGACGAUUUGGAAAUUCUUAGCGUUGGAACGAGUAAUUUGGACGAUAAUUGGGAUACGGAUGUCAAUGAUAUAUUAAAUGAUGUAAAGGAAUUGAAUGUGGCCGAAAAGGAGCGCGAUGUUUCGAAAUGGCCGAAACUUCUAAAUGUUGGAACAAAACCAAAUCCUUUGAAUGAUUGGGACCAAUUGUAUAAUUUGAAUAGUCAGUGUAUUCUUCGUAACGACUGCAGAAAGUUGGCGAAAGACUUGAAGAAUAAAAGAAGUGUUCCCGAACUAGAAUCAUUUUUGACGUUAUACUGCAAACGGCGGAAUAUGGAUUAUGUGAAAGAUUCCGGAUGGCUUCAGAUACUGGAAAAGAUUCUGGUGCUCGAUUUACCAACUGAUGAUGAAUUCAAUGUCUUCUUUGCGUUUACCACUAAAUAUAUUCCAAGAGAUACCAAGAAAGGGUCACAGUUGUACGAUCUUUUCCGUCUACUUCUUCAAUAUCAUGAUCCGCAGUUAAGCAACUUUUUGGAUUCGAUGCACUGUAAUCCACAUGACUACGCUAGUGACUGGUUCUCAACGUUGUUUUCCGCCAAUAUGCCUACUGAUGCAUGUCACCAACUUUGGGAAAUUUACAUUGAAAUUGGGGACCCGUUCCUAGUUUUUCAUCUUUCUUUGGUGUUCCUAAUUAAUGCCAAAGACAUCAUCAUGGAUAAAUCGGAAACUCCAAACAGAGACGAUGUUCUUAAAACCUUGCGCAACAUGAGCUCCCAAAUGAGUGUUGAAGACGUGCCCGACUUUGUUCAACUUGCAACCUAUUAUUCCGAUAAAACUCCUGAAUGCGUCAGAAAGGAAUUCCAUUAUUUGCUGUUUGGUGCAAAUUUCGACGAAGAAGCUGGUGAUCUUCAAGUUAAUAAAAUGUUAUGUCUUCCAAUUCCUGCAAUCGACCUUACUGCAAAUGACGAUGAGAUCUCUAGUGGUAAAGUAAAUUUCUUUGUCGUGGAUGCAAGAUCGAACAAGGAUUUUGACAAUGGUCAUUUCGUAUCAUCUUUCAAUCUUGACUGUGCAUCGAUUGUUGAUGCUCCGGAUAAGUUCGAGAUUGCGUUGAAUAGUAUUGAAUCGUACAAAGCCUCUCGUCGCCCAGAUGAUCAUUAUCUUUUUCUGGGAUAUGGCGAUGAUGUGCAAGAUGCUUAUAUGAAUAUGCUGAUUGCAAUGUUGAUGCAAAAGUCUAAACCAUACGUUUCAUUUGUACAAGGAGGGUUCAAAAAAUUGCAUGAUUGCGUUGGAGAAUUAAAACGAUGGGAUUUGCUGGCAAUGCAUAAAGAAGAGAAAUGUCAGUUUUGCAACACCAAUCGCAAGGAUUCGAAUGGCUGGGGUUUCAUGUCACGUAUGAAAACUGCCUUUUCUUCAACUUCCAAUAAAAUGAAGGAAAAAGUUGAAUCCGUUGUCACACCGUCGGCUGGAAUGAGUGACUCUCUUUCUGACAAUGCUCUUCAUCAUGUUGAUCCAAAAGAGCGACAUGGCAAACGAUACAAACAGAAAUCAGUGUUUUCAAUAGAUGACAAUUCUGAUGACGAGACAGUUUUGCCAACUGUUGUCGAGAACUCAAAAGAAGAAAUCCUUCUUUCUGCUGAAUUUACGGAAACUUUUGAAUGCAAGGAAAUUUUCCGCGAUGGCGAAAUUGAAGGGCACAUUGGAUUGACUAGAACUCACGUUCAUGUUCUGCACAAUGUUCCGGGAAAGAAAGGAUAUGUUACAACUGAAGCGAGACAUCCGCUUUCAACGGUGCUCACCGUCACCAGUCGUCGUUCAAUUCCAGAAUUAUUGACAUUCAAAUUUGGCUAUGAAAUGAACGGAGAAUCAAAAAUAACCGCUAUUCACAAGCUUUAUAUUCCGAAAGCUGGAGAAUGCGCAAAAGCUGUGAAAACGGCCAUAUUCGCAUUGCGCCCGCUUCCUGAUAUCGGGCCCAAAGGAAAUGAAUAA